CCUCUUUCUUUCUCUCUGCAGCUUUGCAGCUUUUUCUCUCAGGACUUUAACCCCAUUGGAGUAGAACAAAGAAACCAUACCCUUCAGUGCUCUCUCUGGACUCUGAUUCUUUUCCUGUUUCCUCCUCCUCCUCCUCUUUCUUCUUCUUCUUCUUCUUCUUCUAACACAACCCCCAGUAAAUCCCACUGCAUGCGCAUUAUAUAAAACCAAACCCAACGACCUAUCAACCACAACAUAACCCUACAAAGACAACAUACAGAGAGAGAGAGAGAGAGAGAAAGAGAAAUGGAGAUUGGCGGGAACAUGUUUGGUCAGAGCAACGGUAACAGGGGGCAAAAUGGUAAUAAUAAUGCCAGUCUAGGCUGGGAUAUCUGGGAGCUUAGUACUUCAAGGUUAGAUUGGAAUACUAAUAGUAACAACACAUUUUACAACACCACCACCACCACCGCAGCCGUCUCCACCGCCGCAGACGACACUUCCAUCACGGCGGGGAGUCCCACCACCACUCGUAAUGAUGCAAGUGCAUCCCACGCGCUUCUUUUCUCCGACCACAAUGAUAGUCUAGGUUUACUCCACCACCACUUCCACUACCAACACCAAAAUCACCACCACAACCAACAGCCUCUCUACGCCGGGGAUGGGUCCCACCUCCACCCGGACCCACACCUCAUGUGCUUAAAGCUCGGCAAGCGACACUACUUCGAGCAGGACACUGCAAACCCUCUGGGUGAUCGACACGUGUCUCUGCCAAUCCCAUCAUCAUCAUCGUCAUCAUCUAUAGGCAAGAGAGGCAAACCCUACUACAGCGGUGGUGUUGUUACCGUUACUUCUUCCUCCGCCGCCACGUCAUCGUCGUCAUGUUCGACGUUGCCGGCGACAGUUCCGAGGUGCCAGGUUGACGGGUGCCACGUGGCACUCAUAAACGCCAAGGACUAUCACCGGAGACACAAGGUGUGUGAAAUGCACUCAAAGGCUCCAAAAGUGGUGGUUCUAGGGUUAGACCAGCGUUUCUGUCAGCAGUGUAGCAGGUUUCAUGCAGUGUCAGAAUUCGAUGAGUCGAAGAGGAGCUGCAGGAGGAGAUUAGCAGGGCACAACGAGCGAAGAAGGAAGAGCAGUCAUGAUUCUGCUGCUACCAAGAAUUCUACUCAAGGUGAGAAAUUUCCAUACUUUUCAUCAUCACCGACAGGAUGUGCUCUCUCUCUUCUGUCAUCAAAGACCGAUUCUUGGGUAUCUCCUCCUGAUCUAUCCACAAGAUCCAGUGCAGCACUGCGUGAAUUGAUAGCAGAACACCGUGCAGCCAUCCUAUCUCGGCAGCUUGUUUUUGAUAGAGACUGGCACACACAACACCAUGCAAUGGAGGAACUAGGAGAUGCCCAACAACCAAGGUCCAAUUCUCCUAUACCCCAUCAGUACCAAAUGUUUCCUGAGCCACAUAGUUGGGACAGGUUCCAUGAAAGUGACACACAUGUUACCUUAGACCUCAUGCAGGCUUCUAGCUCAGCAUUCGGAUUAUUGUCUAUGAGGGGUAAAAAUAAAGAUGAUGAAGAAUGUUCUGACUUGUGGAACUCCUUUCAUGGAGCUCAUGUAAUCUGAUUUUUUUUUUCCUUUUUGGUUAACAGUUAUUUGAUUGUAUCAUUUAGUGUGAAGACAUAAAAAUAGACUGGUAGCUAGGAUAUGAUAGUUUGUGAAGGUAUUCAUUCAUCGGAUGGUGGGACUGAAUUUUUUAGGAGUAUGGUUUUUAUGGCUCCGAAAGUUUCAUAAUUUUCUCAAUCAUUAAGGAUUUUUAUGUAUGAAACAAUUUUCUCAAUCA